CAUUUCCUCUGUAUCACAGACAGUGACAGACUAAUGAGUAAUGGCUAUGUACGCUCGAUUGCGCGUGAACUUUCUUCAUCGGCGCAAACUCUCCACAAUCCUAGCCCCCGAGUCCUCAACCCCAAUCUCCUCCAAGAAAAAGUCACGCGCCGCCUUAUCCCUUCUUAAAUCGGAAUCUAACCCGGACCGAAUCCUCGAUAUCUGCCGCGCCGCCUCACUGACCCCAGAGUCUCACCUCGACCGCGUUGCCUUCUCCAUCGCGGUCUCGAAGCUAUCCGAAUCUAACCGUUUCGACGCUAUCCGCAUCUUCCUUGAUGAGCUCAAGACCCGACCCGAUUUGAAGAAUGAGCGCUUUGCCGCUCACGCAAUCGCGCUUUAUGGCCAGGCCAAAAUGCUUGACCACGCCAUCCGGACUUUCAAGGAAUAUCAGGAGCUUGGUUCUUACCCUCCUUCAGUAAAGAUGUUGAAUGCCUUGCUCUUCUCGUGCGUGGUAUCAAAGGAUUACAAAGAGGCGAAGCGGAUUUUCGUCGAGUUCCCUAGACUUUAUGGGGUCGCCCCUAAUUUGGAUACGUAUAAUGCAGUGAUCAAGGCGUUCUGUGAGUCGGGUUCUGCUAGCUCGGUCUAUUCAGUACUGGCAGAGAUGGAUAUGAAGAAAUUGACGCCAAAUGCGGCGACUUUUGGGAUUAUUCUUUCUGGAUUUUAUAGGGAAGAGAAGUUGGAGGAUGUUGGGAAAGUGUUGGAGAUGAUGAAGGAGAAGUAUGGGAUACACGCGGGGGUUGGUACCUAUAACGUUAGAAUCCGAAGUCUGUGUGAGCUGAAGAAAUCUGGUGAGGCAAAGGCUUUGCUUGAUGGGAUGUUGUCCAGGGGGAUGAAGCCCAACUCGGUGACGUAUAGUCAUUUGAUUAAUGGGUUAUGCGGGGAAGGUGAUUUGGAGACAGCCAAGAAGCUGUUUAAGGAACUGGCCAACAGUGGUUGCAAACCAGAUAGUCGAUGCUAUUUUACCUUGGUUCACUAUCUGUGCCAUGGUAAAGAAUAUGAAUCAGCUCUGAAUUUUUGUAAAGAGAGCAUGGAGAAGAAUUGGGUGCCUAAUUUUACGACAAUGAAGUCACUUGUAAAUGGGCUUGCCAGCAAUUCCAUGGUGGACGAAGCUCGGGAGCUCGUAACUCAAAUGAAGGAGAAGUUCCCAAAAGCCUCAGAAAUGUGGGAUGAAAUUGAAGCUGGUCUGCCGCAGACCAGUAGGAAGGAUUAAAUGGACCUAUGUUUUAUACGGGUGCCAAUGUACAAUUGCUUAUCAUUCUCUCAACUGGCCGUAAUCAUCCCUGAGGAGUCAGACUACAAAUAACUGAAAUAUUGACAUCAAAAGUUACGUGAUAGAGCUUCCAUAGUAAGAACUAGCAGGAAACUGGAUGCUUUUUAGAAUAGUAGCUCCAGAAAGCUUCAGCAAUGGUGGCAGGUGAGGGAUGGGCAUGUACUCGCGGUAUUACCUUUCUUUGACAACAUAUAUUAAUUGAAA